CCAUCCCCAAGCCUCCCUGGAGGCAGGUAUCUCGCUGCUGAUUUUUCUCUUUAUUCCUUGCCUCAUUCUUAAGAGGAGAGGGGAAAAAAACCCAGAAGCAAUUAACUCCGCUUUUUUAUUUUGUUACCUUUCAUGUCAAAGAACUUUUGUUAGGCGGUUAUUCCCACACAUGCAGGGUUGCAAACUGCAGGAGAUGCCCAGUGCCCAGGAGAUGUAAGGAGCCUAGAAAAAUCCCACCCUGGGAGUGGUACUUGCUUUGUGUGUGUGUAGCCUCCCACUCCAGUUGCCUUUUUUUUUUGAAUGCUGUGCAGUGCGUCUGUGAAAUGCUUUUUUGGUUAAAAGAAGAAGAGAUGUCACAUCAGGAGCUAACCCAGCGACUGGCUACAGUCAUCACUCAUGUGGAUGAAAUCAUGCAGCAGGAGAUAAGGCCGUUGGUCGCAGUGGAUAUAAUCGAGCAGCUCCACAGGCAAUUUGCCAUCCUGUCAGGAGGCAGAGGGAAGGAUGGGGCACCCAUUAUAACUUUCCCAGAGUAUGCAGGGUUCAGCGAUAUACCCAACGAGGAUUUUCUGAACGUUGUGACGUAUUUAACCAGCAUUCCCAGUCUGGAGGCUGCCAGCAUUGGAUUCAUCAUCGUUAUAGACCGACGACGGGACAAAUGGAGUGCGGUAAAGGCAUCCCUGACACGGAUAGCUGGAGCUUUUCCGGGGAACCUGCAGCUGGUCUUUGUCCUGCGGCCCUCCCGCUUUAUUCACAGGACAAUCGCUGACAUCGGCAUUAAACUCUAUCGAGAUGACUUUAAAAUGAAGGUACCGAUCAUCAUGUUAAAUUCAGUUUCUGAUCUACAUGGCUAUAUUGACAAAAGUCAGCUAACCCGGGAGUUAGGGGGAACCCUGGAGUAUGGCCACAGUCAAUGGAUACACCAUCGAACUGCCAUUGAGAACUUUGCCAUGACAGUGAAAACGACAGCACAGAUGCUACAGACCUUUGGAACGGACCUGGCGGAGACUGAGCUUCCCAACGAUGUGCAGUGCACGGAGGAACUCCUCUCCUCCCACACGGAGCACCACAACAAGCUGAAGGAUGAGCUGAAACUAGCUGUGAAGCAGGGGGCCACGCUACUGACGUGUAUUAGAGAGCCAGUCACACGGAGCUCCACUAGCAAACUCAGUGCAGACGAGCUAGAAAAUGUAGCGACGGUGGAAAGGUUAUUGGCUCAGUUGGAUGAAACAGAAAAGGCUUUUGAUCAAUUUUGGUCCAAACAUCACCUAAAACUGGAACAGUGCCUUCAGCUAAGACACUUUGAACAUGAUUUCAGAGAGGUAAAACUGGAACUGGAUAAUCUGAUGGACGCGCAAGCUGGUUUCACAGAUAUUGGAGACAGCGUGACUCGAGUGGAGCACCUCCUAAAGGAACGGAAACAACUUGAAGAGAAAGGACAGGAACCUUUGGAAAAGGCCCAGUCACUAGCUCUGCAUGGAGACCAGCUCAUCCAAAACAACCAUUAUGCAGUCGACUCCAUUAGGCCAAAAUGUGUUGAACUCAGGCGUAUCUGCGAUGACUUUACCAAUGAGACCAAGAAGAAAUAUGAUAUUUUGGGAAAGUCCCUUGAGCUGCAUAAGCAGUUAGACAAGGCCAGGCAAUGGUGUGAAACUGGAAUCUACCUCUUAGCUUCUCAAGCUGUGGACAAGUGCCAGUCACAAGAAGGAGCUGAAACUGCACUGUGUGACAUAGAGAAAUUCCUGGGAACCGCUAAGGAACACCAGGUGUCUAACCCUAAGGAAUUCUACAACCAGUUCGACAUGAUUCUAACCGCUGAAAUAAAGGCCAAUGUCCAAAAAGUUCUACAAAAACUAGAAGACGUGCAAGAAAUGUUUGACAAGAGGCAAGUGAGUUUGAAGAAGCUGGCAGCCAAGCAGACUCGGCCGGUACAACCUGUCGCCCCGCAUCCUGAAUCCUCCCCCAAGCGAGCAUCACCCAAGAGCACCAGACCAGCACCAUUAACUACCAAUAGGAGAUCAGCAGAAAUUCCCUGUCCACCAAAGUCCAUCUCUGAGGUAGAAUUAUCAAAAAAGAAAAGUAUUAAGAAGACUAAAGGCGGAAUUAAGAUUGAAGUGAUGCAUGAAGCCAGUCAAGGUGGGUCCAGCAGAGUCUUGGUGAUGAGUGAAAGCGAGGAGAAUCUUUCCACUAGGAGGAGCCACAUAAUAAAUGAACUGAUAGAAACAGAGCGGGUUUAUGUAGAAGAACUUCAAAGUAUAAUAGAGGGCUAUGCUUCAGAAAUGGACAAUCCUGACUUAAUUCAUCUGAUCCCAUCAGCUCUUCAGAACAAAAAGGAAGUUCUUUUCGGCAACCUCCCAGAAAUCUACGAAUUCCACAACAGAAUUUUCCUUAAGGAGCUGGAAAAUUGCAUUGAGAACCCUGAGCUUCUUGGUCGGUGCUUUUUAAAAAGAAAAGAGGACCUCCAAGUAUAUGAAAAAUACUGUCAGAACAAGCUAAGAUCUGAAGCCCUCUGGAGACAAUGUGGAGAUAGCCUCUUCUUUCAGGAAUGCCAGCGUAAACUGGAUCAUAAACUCUCACUAGAUGCUUAUCUCUUAAAGCCAGUCCAGAGGAUCACAAAGUACCAGUUGCUUUUGAAGGAAAUGCUGAAAUGCAGCAAGAAUUCUGAAGGCACGGCCGAAUUGGAAGAGGCGCUGGCCACAAUGCUUGAUAUCAUCAAGUCAGUGAAUGAUUCCAUGCAUCAAAUAGCCAUCACGGGAUAUGAGGGUGACGUGCAUGAGCUUGGCAAGCUGCUGAUGCAGGGCUCGUUCAACGUCUGGACUGAUCACAAGAAGGGCCAUAGCAAGGUGAAGGACUUGGCUAGGUUCAAACCGAUGCAGAGGCACCUCUUUCUCUACACAAAGAUCCUGCUCUUCUGCAAGAAACGGGAUGAAAACACGGACGGCCAUGAGAAGUCUCCUUCAUACAGCUUUAAGAAUUCUUUAAAGAUGAGUACUGUUGGCAUCACAGAAAAUGUAAAGGGCGAUAACAAGAAGUUUGAGAUCUGGUAUAAUGGCCGAGAAGAGGUCUAUAUCAUCCAGGCAUCUUCCAUCGAGUUGAAAAACAUUUGGGUUUCUGAGAUUAGAAAAGUCCUGACAGGACAACUAGAAGCAUGCAGAGAAGCAAGCCAGCUACACCAAAGAAUCACAGAGAGCGUGUACCAUGCACCAAUGAAUUCCUCCAACUCAACCAGAUAUAGCAGGAAGUCAUCAACUGCGUAUGAAAAUAAAUCUGAGCCAACAAACUGGGAAACAUCUAACGACAGGAGCAGAAACUCCAGUCCCAGCACUAGACAAAGGAGAGCUGAUGCUUCCACCAGCCUUAACCUUGAGUGCUCAGCUCUUGCUAGAAAGCGAUUCACAUUACAAGGUCUUUCCAACCGCAGAGCUCCACCUAAAGAUCCAGAAUCUAAAGAGAGAGACGUUACCCGUCGCUUUUCCCUUGCCUCCUCCAUCAGCACCACAGUCACCACAUCCGCUCUGACCAAAGGUCCUCUGAGUUCUGCAGUUAAAGUCAAGAGACAUGAAAUAAAGAGUGAUCCAACUCCCCUGGGGUUUGAAGAUGCUUUUGAGAACACCAUCUUAGCCCAGACUAAAUGUAAUGCCGGUUCCAUCACAAGACCAGUUCCCAGAUCUGCUUCACAGACAGGUUGGCCCAGCAGGCAGAUGCCAUCGCUAGACACCUUUGAGGAUUUCGAAGCCAUCCCAUCCAGCACGGAUGAACUCUCCAACUCUUCUGACAUGGAGGAAGAGGCCAAUCCUAACAAUGGGUCCAAUCUUUUACGGGUAGAAGGCAGUUAUGAAACCUGUUUCCCAGAGUCUCUCACUCUAGAGAAUGGAGAUUUAGUGCAUUUUGUACAGGAAGGAAAAAAUGGACAAUGGUUAGUAAAGAAGCUGGCUUCUGAGAAAAGCGAUUGGGCUCCUUCCAGUGUGUUACAGCCAGCAGAAGGCGAUAGCAACAGUAUCCUUAGGAAGAACAAUGCAGACGUGUACAAUGAUACAUGCAGCACGACCCUGGCAGACACUGAAAUGAAAGAAAGUGAGCUGUCCAGAAGCUUAACGGCAGAACAGAGGGCUGGGAGUUGAACUGCAGGAUAGGUUUUCCUCAGGACUCCUUCCUCUUCCUUAUUUGUUUUGGUGGAUGCUGGAUCAAGUCACCUUUCCCACAAGCUCUGAGCUUCAGAAUUCAUUCCAACCUCAUUGACAGAAAGCUGCUAGGUCCACGGCAUGAGCUGAAAAACUGAAGGAGCAUUAAAAAUUCAAACGGCAUCAAAAUCAUCUUCAGCAUUGAACAGAAAAAAAUGCUUCUUGCAUUGUUUAUUGAACCAUUUGAUAGGAUGUGGCCUAAAUUAGGUCGACAGCAGAGUGGAAAGUUACUAUGCACUCACCUUGUGGCGACAUCACUUGGACGUUGGGUUACUUCAGAAGAACAUGGUCACCAAUCACUGCUCCACCAUGGGAAUGUCCUGGAGUUUUUCUGUUCAUUUGGCUCUGCUGCUGUGCCUUCCGCUGCCUCCCUUAAUUCCACUGGACAGAAAAUUAUAUGUUCAGUCAUUUCUAACUGAUCAGGAACAGGAAACUGCAGGGUAGUGGUGGGAGAAAUACAAGUCCCGAAUCAAUGAAGCUUAGCACAGCGAUGGCUUGACUGCUUCCUCUCAGUGAAUGGCCUUCUGUUUACAAGAUCUUUGGAGGAGACAGACUGGCAACUUUUGACUAAGAGGUGGCGAUUCAGGGUUAAGCAGGAACCAAGAUGAGGCAACUACUGUAACAUUUUGAGGUCUUUUUUGCAGUAUAAACAGAUUCUUUCCCCCAGUCCGUGGUUUUUGGAUCACAUCCCUCCACAUUUGGUGCUGAUAAUUCCGUUGAAUUUCAUUUAACAUUCUACAUUUGAGUAGACUGCAUGCUGUACACUUCCUGUGUGUGCUGGACUCUGGAGUAAGUACGGUUCAUCCCCAUAUGGUAUCAGACUCUACUUAGGCAUUUGCAAAUGGGCAGGUGGGCUUUAGAAGCACUGAGGAGUAGAUAAAGGGUUAUUGUUCAAUGCUUCUUUCCAGGAUAUUUUAUUAAAGACUGUACCAAAUCUCUGCAGCAUAAGGAUAUAAUGUAGAUCUGUAAAAUUCCUACCAUUAGCUCUUUCAGAGCAGGUCUGACGGUAUUUGCAUGGAGGCAUUUUGAUGCAAAAUGGGAGUUUUAGAUGCCACAAAGCUGCUAGAACCUUAACUUUUGCAACCGUAAAUAUUGACCUAGGACAUGAAAACAGAAAAAGCCUGGCCUGGAAGAAAUUACACUAGAGACUCAAAAGUCAGUGAUUUGAUUUUGACUAAACAAGACCCUUUUUGUACUAAGAUUAGUGAUGCUCCAUGUAAGUUAACGGCUAUCAUAGCACUCAAAAGGGAGAAAAGGCCAAACCAAAAGCAAAGUACUCAUUAUGAAUUGAUAACUCAGUGGUUUGAGCAUUGGCCUGCUAAACCCAGCAUUGUGAGUUCAAUCAUUGAGGGGGCUACUUAGGGAUCUGGGGCAAAAUCAGUACUUGGUCCUGCUAGUUAAGGCAGGGGGCUGGACUUGAUGACCUUUCAGGGUCCCUUCCAGUUCUAUGGGAUAGGUAUAUCUCCAUAUAUUAUAUUAUUAUUUACCAUGGGCAAAAUAAUACAAUGAUAUAAUGAUUUAACAAUGGUUUCAUUGCAGGGACACAAGUGUUUUUCUUUGUAUCGUGGAGGUUUGGGGGAUUUUGGUGGUGCAAUUACCAUAAUAUAGCAAAUCAUUGAAGCAUGUGAAUAGUCCCAGCAAAGAUAAAAUGAAGGCAGGUGCUUAAUUAUACCUUGCUGAAUUGGAGUCCUAGAGAGCUUAUUGGUUUAAUGAUGACUUUGACUGCAGUACCAAACAGAAUGGAUUCUGGCUUAGGACGCCAAGUUUCUCAUCUAGCCUCCAAAUACCUCACUCCUUUGAUUUGUGCUGCUUUCUGUUUUGCUGAUUUGUGUCGAGAGGAAACACAAUUCAGUGGGCCAGAGCCUUCCCUCCUUUACUGAAGUCCGUGCUGUUGCACUGAGAUAAAGAUUUGGCCCAUGUUGUCCUGGGGAUAGAUCUCAUUUACACUAAAUAACAUUCAGGCUCAAUAUUGCCCUGAGGAACACACACACAACUCCUGCUGAAGUCCACUGAAGUCAUAUGAGCAACUUGAGGGCAAAGCUGAGUCCCUCCUCCAGUCCCCAAUGCAAUGAAAUCCUCUCUGAGCGAAGUCAUUUUCUUCCCCACAGAAUAACUUCACUGCGACGUCCUUGUUAUUGUCAGUAGUGUAUGCACUAUCUGGUAACAGUGCUUCUCUCUUACCCUCACCUUUCCCCAAACAGUGAGGUGAGAGAGUUUUUAUUGCAUGUUCAUGUGGAGGGGGCUUAUACGAAAUUGCCAAACCUAAGAUUUAUUUGUACCGUUAUUGUUGACUUGUGGAAAGGCCAAAAAUUGCACUUUGGAAUCUCUCUAGAUGAAAGGGUAGGAAUCAAUGUUGUUGUUGAUAAAAUAACUGACUCUCAGGAGUGGGAGGCAGCGGGGUCUAUCUUUUAGAGGACAGGAAAUCAGGAAUCCUUUGAGUUCUGUUCCUGCCUCUGCCUCUUGCAGUGUUAACUUGGGCCAAGUCAUUUACCCCCUCAGUGCCUCUGUUUCCCCAUCUGUAAAAUGGGGUGAUGACAUUUUGUCAAGUGCAGAAGAUGUCAGCUUACACACUCUCCUCACUCAGACCUACAACCGGGUGUCAACAGGUGCACCUAAGGUGGGGGACCCCCGGUCCUGUACCCAGUCUGUGCCCUCUUGGGCAGUGAAGCAUCACCAGAUUUGAUAGGUGUCUCCCGCCCCCCCCCCCCACAUACCCCUUUACGUUCAAGGAGCACUAGCAUAACAUCCGGCCUGGGUCCUACUUGGGUGCCCUGGGGCUAGUGGGGGAACAGGUUCUUUUCUUUCAGUGCACCAAGGCAACAAACAGUUCCCCCCCUUUCUUUUAACAACAGUUUCUGCACGUUUCUGACACUUUUUUGUUUCAACAAAGUUUGUCCUGGUUUGACCAAAGUCUGUAGGUCACGCUGAU